AUGAAGAAGGAGAAGGAGAAAGGUAAAGCAAUCGAUGUGUCAAGCCCCGUCAGUGGUGAAGACAGUGACGAUAAACAAUUUCCUUCCUUUCCUUCUGUCAGAUUCUCUUCUCGCAACGCUUCUUCCAAAUAUGAUUUUGUUAAGGUAAAGGUGUGGUUGGGUGAUAAUGCGGAUCAUUACUAUGUUCUUUCCAGAUUUUUGCUGAGUAGAAUGCUAACUGUAACCAAGAUUCCAAACCAUGUAGCUAUCAAAAUUGCUCUUGAACUGAAGAAGCUGCUCAUAGACAACAGCCUUUUAGACGUCUCUCAGUCUGAUUUGGAAGCCAACCUAUUUAAGCUUAUGGGACGGCGAGGAUAUGGAGAAGAGUACAUAAAUCGCUAUAAGAUGAUGACAACGUUUCACCAUCAAAGAGUUCCCCUGGUAAUCCUUGUCUGUGGAACUGCUUGUGUUGGGAAGUCUACAAUUGCCACCCAGCUUGCACAGCGGCUAAAUUUGCCAAAUGUAUUACAGACAGAUAUGGUUUACGAAUUGUUGCGCACUUCGACAGAUGCACCAUUGGCUUCAACUCCUGUGUGGGCCCGAGACUUCAAUUCAUCAGAAGAGUUAAUAACCGAGUUUUGCAGAGAAUGCAGGGUUGUUCGUAAAGGUUUGGGCGGUGACUUGAAAAAGGCAAUGAAAGACGGAAAACCAAUUAUAAUUGAGGGCAUACAUUUGGAUCCUAGCAUUUAUUUAGUGGAAGACGAGAACAAAUCACCCAGCGCUGCAAAUGCGGGAAAUAAAGAAAUAAAUCCAUUGUCUGCAGAAUUGGAUGAUAAUACUUCAAUAAACACGGAAAGUAUUAAUGUCGUAAGUGGCGAUGAGACGAAUAGUGAUUCCAAGAUUUUGAGCUCCGAGGGAGUAAAUGAUGACCUGGCGGAUGCAGCAUCAAGUUCCACCUCACCCUCGAACCUAAUUGGAAGCAUCACCGAGCUUAAAGAUGCUUCUCCCAAAGAACUGGAGAUCGAAAAAAUAACUAUUAGUAAGGAGAAGUCAGGCACGAAACCGAUAAUCGUGCCUAUUGUUUUGAAGAUGGCUGAAUUUGAUCAUAAGGCAUUACUCGAAGAAUGGAUCUCAUCUCGUACAUUUACCGAUAAGUGCCCAGACCAGGAUCAUGAUAAACUCAUAGCCAACUUGAAAACCAUACAGGAUUAUCUAUGCUCUUUCACAUCACAGGGGUUGACCGUAGUCAACGUAUCUGCAACAACAUUUCCUCAAACAUUGGAUUGGCUACACGGUUAUCUUCUUCAGUGUAUUGAGCAAGGUACUUCAUUAGGAUCCCAUGAAAAUGCUACACAAGUUGCUGCAAAAUAG